AUGGCUACCCAAAGCACCACCAUCGAGGUCUCCCACCUCGACACGCGCCUCGUCUCCCCUACACUUCCCAUCGUGCUGCGCACCACUCUCCCCUCCGACGCCGCCCGCUUCGCCGCCAUCCUCUCCGACCCCGCCAACUCCUCCGACCCUCACGCCGGCCAACCCCUCGACCCCGCCACCGCCUCCUCCAUCAUCACCAAGCAGCGCGCCUCCGCCGCCGUGCCCACCGUCCUCGACCCCACCACGGGUCGCGUCCUCCGCGGGCCCCCGCGCGUCAACAUGGUCGUCGAGCUGCUCUCCUCGUCGCCGGGGCCGCUGGUGAUCGGCCUCGGCGGCUUCGGGGCGGUCAAGGACUGGACGCGCGCGGGCAGGGCGGUGCGCGCCGGGGACGUGGGCGCGAUGAUCGACCCGGCGCACCGCGGGCGCGGGUACGCGACGGAGGCGAUCCGGCUGGCGAUUGAGUGGGCGUUUACGCCGGCGGCGGCGGAGGGGGGCGGGCCGCAGCUGGACCUGGUGACGCUGACGACGAGCGCGGACAACGAGGCCAUGGUGCGGCUGGCGGGGGGCAAGCUCGGCCUGCGCGGCCGCGGCACGCGCCGGCCCUCGGAGGAGGAGGGCCAGGAGGGCGUGACGGAGCUGUACUAUGAACUCACCAAGGAGGACUGGCAGGAGAUUGUCGCUGCGAAAAAGGGUGUCAAUGCGUGA